AUGUCUACUGAAAACCCUCGCGUCAAAGGUGUCCUGCUUGUCGGCAGUGUGCCUGGUACAGACACUGAAGAUGUGCUGCGAAGAAUGGCUCCAGCUCUCGGAAGCCGUCUCAAGUACAUGCCCGAUGGCGAGACAGGCCAACGCAACUAUUUCAUCGGCUGGCAGAUGUACAAAUUCGGUGCAUUCCCAGAGGAGAAGAUCAAAGAGGCAGCCGAAAAGCUCGAGGGCAUGUCGACAGAUUACGACACCGCAGCUCUCGAGUCUUAUCCAGUCUUCAAAAAACUGAAGGAGGAAGGUGUGAUUCCUAAGAACAUCAAGUUCCAGGUCUGCUUGCCUUCCCCAUUGACCUUUGUGUCACCUUUCAUCGUUGGCGACUACAAGACAGCAAUCGAACCCGUCUACGAGCGUGCCAUUUUCCGAGCUUUGGACAACAUCAGCAAGAACAUUCCUGAGCAGGAACUGGCUAUCCAAUGGGAUGUACCUCUUGAGUUUGCUUUGCUCGAGGGUGUCUGGGUACAACGUUGGUUCUCUCCUCUCAAGCAAGGCAUCUUGGAUCGCUGGUUCAAGCUGACUGCAGCCGUCAACCCAGCUAUCGACAUGGGCUUCCACUUCUGCUACGGUGAUAUUGGUCACCAGCACUUUACUCAGCCCAAAGACAUGGGUUUGAUGGUCGACAUGGCCAAGGAGCUUUUGGGUCAAGUUAAGAGACGUGUCGAUUACAUUCAUAUGCCAGUGCCUAAGGACAGAGAUGAUGCAGCAUACUUUGCUUCUCUGAAGGACCUGCAAGCAGUCAGAGGCGAGACGGACAUAUAUCUUGGUCUUGUCCACGCCGAUGAUCUGGAGGGCACACAGCGCAGAAUCAAAACCGCUUCUGAGGUGCUCGAUGGCUUUGGCGUUGCAACCGAGUGUGGAUGGGGCAGAACGUCUCCUGAGGAGAUUGACUCGAUUGUUCACAUUCUGAACGCUGUAUCAGAGAAACAUGCAUAG